AUGUCGCUGGCAGGGAGCCCCAGCGGGGGCAGCGCGCUCUUCGCCGGCUUCCGCGCGCUCGGCCUCUACUCCAAUCACCUGGCGCACGUGCUGCGGUAUCACCGCCGCCACCGGGAGUUCUACCUGGUCACCUCUGUGGGGAGGAGCUUCCACACUUACAACGUGAACAGACUAGGCAUAGUUGCAGUUAGUAAUGCUUUGCCACAGGAUAUUACAUGUUUGGCAGCUGACAGGAUGUUGGUCUUUGCUUCAUGUGGCAGUCUUCUCUAUGCUUUUGCUCGUAACAGAGAGGUGGUUCAUACUUACAAAGGUCACAAGGCAGAUAUUCAUCUUGUGCUGCCAUUUGGGGAUCACGUAAUCUCUGUGGAUAGUGAUAACGCUCUUAUUAUUUGGGAUGUGCAGUCAGAAGAAGAAUACUUGCAGCUGAAUUUUGAAAAGGCUGUAUUUGCAAUUACUGCAAUUAUGCACCCAAGUACGUACAUGAAUAAAAUUCUUCUUGGUAGUGAACAAGGGAAUCUACAGUUGUGGAAUGUAAAAUCGAACAAACUUCUGUAUACAUUUCCAAGAUUGGGUGCAGGAGUGACAGUCCUUGAACAGGCACCAGCAGUGGAUGUUGUUGCAGCUGGUCUUGUGUCGGGUCAUAUCAUAGUGUACAAUAUUAAGUAUGAUGAAGUACUGAUGAAAUUUCAACAAGACUGGGGACCUGUAACAGCAAUAUCAUUCCGCACAGAUGGACAUCCAGUUAUGGCUGCUGGAAGUCCUAUUGGACAUAUUGGGCUGUGGGAUCUAGAAGACAAGAAACUUCUGGGCCAGAUGAGAAAUGUACAUACCACUGCAGUUUCUGGUAUAUCCUUUGUCCAAGGAGAGCCACUUCUCAUUACUAAUGGUGCAGAUAAUGCGAUAAGGGUAUGGAUCUUUGAUGGCCCUGGAGGAAAUGGUAGAUUGCUGAGAUGCCGAAUGGGGCAUAGUGCACCUCCAACAAAAAUCAGAUACCACGGACAAAGUGGGCAGCAAAUUCUUAGUGCAAGUCAAGAUGGUACCUUGCAGUCAUUUUCCACAGUUCAUGAAAGUUUCAAUAAAAGUUUAGGACGUGGUUCCAUAAAUAAAAAGAAAUCAAAAAAGAAAGGUCUUCGAUAUGAUACAAUGGCUCUUCCACCUAUUACAACAUUUGCAACAGAGAUAGCCCGUCAAAGUGACUGGGAUGGAAUCAUUGCUUGCCAUCAAGGCUACGUAACCUGUACUACCUGGAAUUAUCAGAAAACUUCUAUGGGAACCCAUAAACUGAAACCGAAGGACUUCAGCAAAAAUAAACCUCUUGGUGUAUAUGCAAUAGCAGUAGAUAUCACUUCUUGUGGAAACUUUGCUGUCAUUGGUCUUACAACAGGACAUGUGGAUGUAUACAACAUGCAGUCUGGCAUUCACAGAGGACGUUAUGGCAAAGAAAAAGCCCAUGAAGGUUCCAUAAGAGGAGUAGCAGUGGAUGGAUUAAAUCAGUUUACAAUCACAGUGGGAAGUGAAGGAUUGAUCAAAUUCUGGAAAUUCAAGACUAUGGAACUUGUUCAUUCUACUAACCUUUCUUCUUCUCCAAGUAAAAUCUUGCUUCACAGAGACAGUGGUAUUCUGGGAAUUGCAACAGAUGACUUUGGCAUUACAGUUCUGGAUAUAGAAACAAGGAAAAUUGUGAGGAGAUUUUCAGGACACCAAGGCCAGAUAAAUGAUAUGGCUUUCAGUCCCGACGGUCGCUGGCUAAUAACUGCAUCGAUGGACUGUACUAUUAGGACCUGGGAUCUCCCAUCUGCAUGCCUUGUAGACUGUUUCCUAUUAGAUUCAUCAGCAGUAAGCAUUACGAUGUCUCCUACUGGAGAUUUUCUAGCCACCUCCCAUGUGGAUGAUCUUGGAAUUUACUUAUGGUCUAACCGUUCGUUGUAUUCUCUUGUUUCUUUGCGUCCACUUCCAGCUGAUUAUGAGCCUUCUGUAGUAAUGCUUCCUGGAACCUGUGCAGCUCAAGCUGUAGAUGUCACAGGAGAGGAAGAAACGAGUGAAGACAUGAUAGAAUAUGAUUCUCCAGAGCAGCUGGGAGAUGCACUAGUGACACUUUCUAUAUUGCCAGAAUCUCGAUGGAAGAAUCUGCUCAAUCUUGAUAUUAUUAAGCAAAAGAAUAAACCGAAAGAGCCACCAAAAGUGCCAAAAACUGCACCAUUCUUCAUCCCCACAAUUCCCGGUCUCGUCCCACGAUAUGCUUCUAUUGAACAAGAAUCUGAUAGACAGCAGUCAAAAGUACUAAAUCUUGGAGUGUUGGCACAAAAAUCUGAAUUCUUCAAGCAGCUUGAAGAAGCCCUGAGUAGCAACAACUAUAAGUCUCCACUUAAUAUUCUGAAGGAAAUGGGACCAUCAAAUAUCGAGACAGAACUGAGAGGCUUGUCUCCUGAGGGUGGUGGCUCCAUCAAGGUGAUGCAGAGCUUUCUAAGGAUGAUUGAGGCAAUGCUGAACACAAAGUGUGACUUUGAACUGGCUCAGGCAUACCUUGCACUAUUUCUAAAGUUGCAUCUGAACAUCCUUUCCUCAGAGCCAGCUUUGCUGGCAGAAGUAUCCAGACUGUCACCCCAGCUUGAAGAAAUCUGGAUUCACUUACAGACUCUUUUCAACCAAAGCCUUUGCAUUUUAAAUUACAUGAAGACUGCCUUGUUAUAAAAGUGCCUUUUGUUCUUUAAUGAUCAAGCUGUUGAAUGUUUUACAGUUCCUUGUACAAAGCACAUCUGCUGCUAAUGGAUAUUAGACAAAUUUUUAAAGUUAACUUUAUAGCUUGACUUUGAGUAACUUUUAUUCAGAUUUAAGUAUGAGUGUGUGCUGUCUCCAUAAUGUUAAUAUGCAUAGUUUGUUUCAGUGACUACAAACACAGUCGAAUUCAUUGUCCCAAAUUAAACCCACUUUGAUAUGGUCUGGGAGCACCUGGUGCAGCAGAGUCACUGAAGAGGGGAGGGAGUGGACUUGAUCCAGCAGCUGGAUAGGGAGACCACUGGAAGUCCCUUGUGAGACUGGAAUGAUAGUUUUUAAAAACUGCAAGACUUUAAACAAGUCAACAUGAAUAAGUAUGGUGAAAAACAACAACCAAUAUUUAUAUACCACUUUUCAACAAAAUUUUCCAAAGCAGUUUACAUGGAGAAAUAAUAAAUAAAAAGUUGGCUCCUUGUCCCCCAAAGGGCUCACAGUCUAAAAAUAAACAUAAGACAGACAGCAGCAACAGUCACUGGAGAGAUACUGUGCUGGGGGUGGAUAGGGCCAGUUACUCUUCCCCUGCUAAAUAAAGAGAAUCACCAUGUUAAAAAGGUGCCUCUUUGCCCAGUUAGCAGGGGAGAAAAACAAGUGCUUGUGUACUCAACCAAUUUUACAGUAGCUAUAAAUGUAGGAUUUUUAGAUGACUACAUUUUUUGUUUAUUUGGUAUAAAUACUCAUAAGAAUUGGGGUUUUUUAAAAAAUAUAUAUCAAAUAUCUUUUUUGGAAUGAAUAUUGAAAUUCACUUAAACCAGUCUAAAAUCAUGUUUGUUGUUCGUUUACUUACAAAGAGCUGGUUUAAAUGGAACCACAACUAAAGCCUGAUUCUUACAUGAUGUCUGAGCCUCAGGUAUGCGCACUCUAACCCCUGCACACACACACACACAACUCCUGCCUGUGUGAGCCUUCUAGGAGUUCUGAUUCAGUUUAGGAAAAAACCGAGCUCAGGCUUGCCAUCUGAAUGACCAGUCUUGAACCAGCUUGUCUGAAAUCAACCUAGAUAUGAAACCCGCUUCAGAUCUUUGGUUCUUAACUAUGUUUAUUUCAAGCAAGUUGGUUUUAUUAAACCAAGAUCAAUCGAGGCUUGUGGACAUCACUGGAAACCAGGCUUUAACUGUGGUCCCACAUGACAUCUGAGUUGAUCCAGUAAAUGGCAGCUUCUUUGGGCAACUAGCUCUAUAAAACGUUAAAAGUAUUUUUAGAUCCAAACCCUAUGCUCCUACACAGCAAAAGCCUCUAUAUAUAGGCUGUCAUGUGGAGAGUUAGAAGCCAUUACUGAGAGAGUUCCCAGAGGCUGGCAAGAAUGGUCAAAGCAGUAUACAAGUGCCCCACUUAGGGCACUUCAGGGCUAGUGAUUCUCACAGUUCUGGAUCCUAUGAUUCCAGGGUUCUAACAGUACUCAACAGCCUAUUGCUUUCAGCUUAAAAGGGGAAAGGGUUAUGAGCCAGACCGGCUCUUGGUGCAGUGAAGCUCUGCGGCAGUACUCAACAGCGUGUGCCACUGAACUCUCACAGUCAGCCAGUUUAGAGAUUGUGACAUAAAAGCAGUGUGACAGGAACCAUAUCCUGAUCACAGUGAGGCUGGAUCUUUUCUAGAGCCUCAGACUUGAGGUGGCAGGAAAAGCCAUGCCAAAAAUGCAAUAACACCGGGUUCCAAGGAACUUUUAAUCAAAGCCAAUGACACAGACAUUUUAGUAUUAAUCUUCAUAUCAGUUCUUCCAUCGUUUAAGAAGCUUGGCCUUCAGACCAUGUGGGGUUCUUUUGGGAAAGGCACAAAGCAGCACCGAUGGAUUCCUGAAGUUGCUGACUCAUUAGGGCCUGAAAAAUUAGGGGACUGCCCUUCCUCCAUGCAUUCGCUGGGUGUGAUACCAUAUCAUUCUGUGGCAAAGGCAAAAAGUCUGCAUGGAGAGUGUUUGAUGUGUCAAGUUUGUUUGUUUUGUUUGUUUUACAAAACCGAGUCAGUGCCUGGCAGUGAUUGAAGACCAAGAUCUCCAGAUAUUGGAGAGGUUUGUGGUAAUCAUGUAUUUAUGACAGAGGUAGCACAGCCAUGCAUGUGAGUGAUGCAAGACUGGAACUUUUUGCUAGGAAACAGAAAACUUAUUUUGAUGAGCAGGCUGCAUACCAAGCAGGAAUAGUAUGGGGCCAUGCAACUGCAUGCCAACCCAACAAAGCAAGUUCUGCUGAGAGGGGAUGGAAAAAAGAGGGAGGAAUAUGAAAAAUCCUUUGGACAAUGCUUCCACCAGUUGUGGAAUGUUGCAAGGAACUUGUGAAAUGUGCUGCAAAAGUGGCUGCAAAGGAAGGAGAAUGUGUUUCAAAAGUGUCUUGACUGCAGUGGAUUGUGCUUGGAUUAGAAAGCUGACAUGCAUCUCUUGUUUCAUUAAUCCAUUAAGAUAGCUUUGCCAUUUAAGCUCAUAAGCAGUCAGUUGAACCAUAUGCAACUAUUUGAAUGAUUCUAAAGAUUUUCAAUAUUUAAUAAAAUGGCACCAUAUAGGUGGCUCUCAUCUGUAGUUUCACGUAUCUGCGGACAGGUCUUAGAGACCCGGUUUCUUUAUCUGUGAUUUUAAAAAUAGGCUAAAAUUCACCUAUUCACGGUUUUGAGUGGCCAGAAAUGACUUCUGAUGUCAUACUGGUCACAAUUUUUACAGUGCAGAGCCAUUUUGUAGCUCUUAAAAAAAUUCCUGUGAUCUUUUGUGAAAAUUGGUUUGGAGGGAGCAUUGCUGGGAGAGCAAGGUAGAAUACUUUUUGUCCUAAUUAUGCUCCCCACCCCCUCCGUUCUUAGCCUUUGGGGGGGGUAGAUUCCCCUAGAUUCCCAUAGUGGUAAGGUUUUGUUGUUUGCCUGAAGUUACUCUAAAACAAUAAGGAUCUGAAAACAUUUCUGCCAAAUCUCAUCUGUAUCACUAUGAAGUGGAUGAUUUUUUUUAAAAAAACAUUUAAUACCGUAUACCAUAUUUAUAUUUAGCCACCAUAUUGAAAUUUUAGCAACCACAUUGCUUUCUCAAGCCACACAUCUGACAGCACAUUUGCCAAAUCUCAGGCCUUUAUAAUUGGAUUGAUUCUGGUGAGCUUCAACAUUCAAUAUUGCAACACCAUAUUGAAUUUUGGAUUUUUAACUGCCAUAUUGGAUUUUGGGGGUGCCGAUCUGACAUUUCUGCCAAAUCGCAUGUUUUGUAGUCCAAAGUGCAUGAUUCAGCUUAUUUUUGCUAUUUAUCUGCUCUACUUCAGUGAACAACAGAAAAGGAGUACAAGGGAAGCAGGCAGUCUACUAACACCACUUAGUUACCUCAAUUACUAACAACUUGUUAAAUUCUUGUGGUGCGAUUUCUUCCAAAAGAUGAUACCUUGACUAUGAUUUUGGUUCAGUGUCCAAGAUUCAACUGCUGACCAGGGAUAAGUAGCAAAAGAAUCACAGCAGCUGUUGUGCUUUUUCUGUAUCGGUGGUUGUGGUUAGCAUUUAUUUUGCCAAGUACAAUACUCAUCCUUCACAAAAAAAUAAGUUGGAGAAUUUUAAAAAGUUUCUAAGUUUUGGGGAGGAUGAGUAAGUUCACAAAAAAUAAGUUGCAGAAUUUUUUAAAGUUUCUAAGUUUGGGGGAGGAUGAGUUAGUUGGGGAUUUUUCAGCUCCUUGGCCAAAACAUAGGAGCUGAAAUGUAUAAAUAACAGGGAUACAAAAAUGUUCACAAAUCUUAAAAGCCAGCAAGAUUCUCUAAUCGUGGUUGAUGUGCCCAGUCAUUACUAGAAUAAAACCCACAACACUUUUAAUCAGAGUUUAUUGUUAGCAGCCCUGAUCAGUAGUGUACUGGAAGAGCGGGGUAUAAAUAUCUUAAAUAAAGUUGCACUCUGAAGUUCACUUAUUAAGAACGUUUGGAGAGAUCUGCCUGCAGUUGCUUUCAGCUCUCUGGUGGCAGCUCAAGAUUGGUCCUUUUCUAUAAUCUGAGCUCCCUGUUUCUGUAACUGCUUCACAAUUUCUAGCAGCCUUUAGAAGAGCUCUCAGAACAUCAUAAUCUAAUCAAGCCUUUGGUUAUCUAUUAGUUGGUUUUACUGUUUUAAACUAUUUUAAACAACUGUUAUUGUGUUAAAUUAUUAUUUUUUUUUAUUGUUUUGUUUUAGUGUUUUUGUUGUUUUGUGUUUUUGAGACUCUUGGAUUUGGCAAUAUAAAAAUGUAACAUGUCAGCACAGGAGUGUUGAAAAACUCCAUCUGUAGAUUUUUGAAUGAAUCUCUAAGCACCAACCUAGGAUGGAAUUAAAUUAGUUUCACUUUGAUUGUAAAAUAUAGAAUCACAUUCUUUAAAAAUAUAACUCAGAUUUUUCUGAUAUCUGUGACUAGUAAA